AUGCAUAUUCUUUUCUUCCAUGAAGAGAGCCUACCACAACCAUCUAUUCUCUCUGCGGCCUCAACAUGUCACUAUAUAUCUAGAACUGAUGAAUACAAAUUAGUUCUUGAUCCGCUGUUCAUUGGAUAUGAAAUUAGUCCAGCAAAAGGUGAAGCAGUGUUUGAGUACGUUAAAGCGGUGUUGGAUGCAAUAGACUCAAGCUGGGAAGAGAUGUACCUGAAAACAGAAUUCUCCGACCAGAUUCUCAACCCGGCUCUGUUCAGCAACAUACCAUUCUAUCCAAGUCAGCUUUGUGCUGCUAAGCAUGACCAUGAGCUCCUCUUUGACUCCAUCAACGAACUCAUCUUCGAGUUCUGCAGAUUUCCUCAAUGGCUUUCCUUUGUUAAACCAAGAACCCAAGUCUGGUCAUUCAGUGGUGAUGAGAGCAUCGUUCACGAGGUUCAGAAAGAGGUUUAUUGUCGUCUCUUCCCGUUGCAGUUUGCUGACUCGGUGGACCAAAUCAUUAGAGAAGACAUGGAUAAACGCGGAAACUGGUGGUUAGACGUUAGAUGUGAGGUUGAGUGCAUUGGCUUUGAGACUAGUGAAUUGAUUCUAGAUGAAUUAUUGGAACAACUCAUGCUUGACUUGUCAACAUAAAAAGAUGAUUAUCACAAAUCAAAGUCAUACUCUGUACAAGCAAUCACUUUUGGAGGGAUGAGUAAAAUCAUUAGGCGAAUCUCUCAGAUGAAGAUUAUAUUUAUGUAAAAAGUGAAUUCUAAAAAAAUAUAUUCUUAGAAUUAUGAAUGAUUAAAUCCAGCUUUGAGCUAUGCAGAAUUUGACUUAUUUUAUUACGAACAUAUAUCUCAGGAGAGUGGUUAGAGGAGGUACAAGUUCUCUGUUCAGCUACAUUGUCCCUUGACUGUUACAGUGUUGUGUAUAUUUAUUGUCAUCAA